ACUUUCACAGCACCACAACAAAUAUAAAUACCGAUCAUCACAAAUCAACACGUCCAUUACAACAACAUUACAUCGAUAAUUACAAUGGCCCAUGAAUUUGUGCUGCAAUCUUCUCCUUCGGAUGCGAUCCUUGAGCGGAGGCUUCCCGUCCAAAAAUUUGAACCUUGUAUCUGGGCUGAUACUUUCACUGCAUUUUCUUUCGAUGUUCAGGCGCAAGAAGAGCGUUCCAAAGCCAUCGAAGCACUCAAGGAAAAAGUUAGAGAUUUGCUAAUUGCUGGAGGACAUAAUGCACUGGAUGAUAAGUUAAUAUUAAUCGAUACCGUGGAGCGUUUAGGAUUGGCCUAUCACUUUAAGCAAGAAAUAGAGGAGCAGCUCGAAAAGAUCGCUAGCAAUCACUCGGAACACCAUGACUUAUACAUCACUGCUCUGCAGUUUCGAAUUCUUCGGCAGAACCACUAUCCUGUUUCCUCAAGCGUGUUCAAUAAAUUUAAGGGUAAAGAUGGGAAGUUUGAUGAGAUGCUUAGUAGAGAUGCGAAGGGAUUGUUGAGCUUGCUCGAAGCAUCACAAGUGAGGAUUCAUGGCGAAGAUAUUUUAGAAGAGGGAUUAGUCUUCGCGACCCAUCAUCUUAAUAUUUUGGCGCCAACGUUGGAGGGUCCAUUUAAAGACCAAGUGAAUCGAGCUCUAGAGCAUCCGCCUCAUCGUGGUUUUUCAAGAAUAGAAGCGCGCAAAUAUAUUUCUUUCUAUGAGAGGGAUUCGUCUUACAACAAAUUGCUUCUAGAAUUAGCCGUAUUGGAUUUCAAUUACGCGCAAAAUCUAUACCGAAAAGAGCUCCAUGAUCUUUCUUGGUGGUGGAAAAACAUUGAUCUCAAGUCGAAGCUCCCUUAUGCUAGAGAUAGAGUAGUCGAGAACUACUUUUGGGCCUUGGGAGUGUAUUUCGAACCUCAAAACUCACUUAGUCGUCUAGCACUUGCGAAAUGCACAAUAAUAACCGCUGUGAUGGACGAUACAUACGAUAAUUAUGCAACAGUUGAAGAAGCAGAUAUCUUUAACGAGGUUAUACAAAGGUGGGAUAUCAAUGAAAUAGAUCGACUUCCAGAAUAUAUGAAAAUUGUCUAUAAGUUCAUUUGGAACACAUAUGAAGAAUUGGCAUGUGAGGCAUCCAAAGAGGGAAGAUCUUCUGUAAUGCCCUACAUCCGAGAAACGUUAAAAGAACUCAGUCGAGGUUAUAAUCAAGAGCUCAAGUGGUUUAUGAGGAUGGAGGUGCCCACACUCGAAGCCUACUACUCCAACACAAUUAUUACAGGCACCGUGUUCUUUAGUUGCGCGGCAACUUUGUUAGGGAUUAAAUCCGCAUCAGAACAAGUCUUCGAAUGGUUAAACAGUAGGCCUAAAUUUAUUAAAGCGUGCUCGAGGGUUGGCCGACUCCUAGAUGACAAAGGUUCACAUGAUCGCGAGGACCGUGGCGGGGAGCUCCUCACGGCAGUCACCAUGUACAUGAAACAACACGGCGCGACUAAACAAGAGACUUUGAACAAAUUUGCAGAAAUAGUUAAGGAUUCGUGGAAGGACUUUUAUGCAGAGUGGUGCAACUUGCCUUCGAUGGUUUCUUUCGAUGCUGCUAAUGUGUUUCUGGGCUUUGUUCAGAUGUCGGAGACUCUUUACAUGAAUUCACGAGAUGGGGUUACGAAUCCUAACUUCUUGGCUCCGGAUAUUGCUACCAUCCUUUUGGACCCCAUAGUCAUAUGAUUGAUUAUGUAUUCGAAUAAUACAUAGUUUCAUGUGUGUUUAUAUAUGAUUCAAAAGUAUUUGGAUCUUUCUAGGUUUUAAAAUAAUAAAAAUAAAUAUUCUCUUCGUUCCGGUUCAAA